ACAGCGUUUUUGUGUGAUACGCUUGUUAGCCACUAGAUGGUGCCAUCGGAUAAGAGAAAUACUCCAGAAGGAAGCUUUAAUUCACCUUCCAAGGAAAGAAUUUCAGAUAAUAUUUAAUUUAGUUAACUAGUUAGUUUCAGAAUCAUAACCUUCCAUACCAUCAGUCUUUCUAACGUCAUUUCAUAUAUUUUCUAAGCCUCUUCCUUUAUAUUUUGUUAUAAAAGACAAAAAUAACAAAAUUAUGAGGAGAAGAAAGACUGAUCAACUGCUGGAGAUGCUCUUUGACUGGGUGGGUCUAAGUCUCCGGACAACACCAGUGAUGAAAGGGAGUCUGACGUGCUUCUCAUGGUGCUGGAGGUAUAGCGCUCCCAGGGAGUUUUGACCCUAGUGGUCAUCCGUAGGUGCCAGGAGGGAUUUGUGGGAAACAGGUGCCAGUUUCAUGACCCGUGCAACAACUCGCCGUGCAUGAACGGCGGCACGUGUCGUGCCGUCACCAAGGUGCACACGGUGGACUUUAACUGCACCUGCAGUGCGGGGUACACCGACCGCCGAUGCAUGACGCCUUACAACAUCGCCUGUCUCCGCUCGCCCUGUCGAAACGGAGGUACCUGCGAGCCAGAAGGCCUGCAGGCGUACAAGUGCCGCUGCCCACCUGGAUGGACAGGUAAAGACUGCACAAAAGCUGACCCAUGUGCCUCAAACCCAUGUGCCAAUGGUGGGCAAUGCUCCUCGUUGGAAUCCAUCUUCAUCUGCACCUGCACGCCCUUCUUCUUUGGACAAACCUGCAAGCAGGAUGUUAACGAAUGUGACAAGAACACGCCGCUUUGCAAAAAUGGCGGGCAGUGCAUCAACGAGGUCGGAGGCUACCGAUGUCAGUGUCCUGUGGAGUACACGGGGAAGCACUGUGAGAGCCGUUACCUUCCCUGCAGCCCAUCACCGUGCCUUAAUGGAGGCACCUGCAUCCAGAAGGGAGAAACCAGCUACGAAUGCUCCUGCGUGCCAGGAUUUUCAGGGAAAAUCUGCAACCACAACAUUGAUGACUGUCCGGGACACGAGUGCCAGAACGGAGGCACCUGCGUGGACGGAGUUAACACCUACAACUGUCAGUGCAAGCCAGAGUUUACAGGUCAGCUCUGCUUGGAUGAUGUCGACGAAUGCCAGCUCAUGCCCAAUGCGUGCCAAAAUGGUGGCACGUGCCACAACACGUAUGGCAGCUACCAGUGUGUGUGUGUGAACGGCUGGACCGGUGACGACUGCAGCGAGAACAUCGACGACUGCGCCAGCGCCGCCUGUUAUCUUGGAUCUACGUGUCACGACCGCGUGGCGUCGUUCUACUGCGAAUGUCCUCAUGGCCGCACAGGUCUGCUGUGCCAGCUGAAGGAUGCCUGCAUCAGUAACCCGUGCCAGCGAGGUUCUAACUGUGACACCAACCCCGUCACUGGAAAUCAUUUCUGCAACUGCCCUCAAGGAUACGUCGGUCCUUCCUGUGAUCAGGAUGUUGACGAGUGCUCACUGGGUUCCAACCCAUGUGAGCACGCAGGGAAGUGCAUAAACACCAAGGGCUCGUUCCAGUGCAAGUGUCUGCAGGGCUACAAGGGGGCUCGCUGUGAGACGGACGUUAACGAGUGCCUGUCCAACCCGUGUCAGAACGAGGCCACCUGCCUGGACCAAAUCGGAGAGUUUCAGUGUAUCUGCAUGGCAGGCUACGAGGGGAAAUUCUGCGAGAUCGAUACGAACGAGUGUGCCAGCAGGCCCUGCCUGAACAACGGCGAGUGUAUCGACAAGAUCAACACCUUCCUCUGCCAGUGCCCUACAGGCUACACUGGGAGACACUGUGAGAUGGGCAUCAACGAGUGCGACUCUGACCCGUGCCACUACGGCUCCUGCAUCGAUGGUCUCGCCUCGUUCAGCUGCCACUGUAACCCCGGCUUCACCGGCAGGCUGUGUGAGACUAACAUCAACGAGUGUCUGAGCCAGCCUUGCAGGAACGGAGGCACCUGUCAGGACCGAGAGAACGCCUACAUCUGCAGCUGCCCCAAGGGUACCACAGGAAUCAACUGCGAAGUCAACAUUGAUGACUGCAAAAGCAACCCCUGUGACUAUGGGACCUGCAUCGACAAGAUCAAUGGCUACGAGUGUGCCUGUGAGCCUGGCUACACUGGCACCAUGUGUAACAUCAACAUUGACGAGUGCGCCACCAACCCAUGCCAGAAUGGCGGCACCUGCAUCGAUGGCAUCAACAGCUUCACCUGCGUGUGUCCGGGUGGCUACCACGAUCCCACCUGCUUUUCCCAAGUCAACGAGUGCCUCAGCAAUCCCUGCAUCCAUGGCCACUGUGAGGACAAGAUUAAUGGCUACAGAUGCCUGUGUGACUCCGGCUGGAGCGGUAAAAACUGCGACAUCAACAACAACGAGUGCGAAUCCAACCCGUGCAUGAACGGAGGCACCUGCAGGGACAUGACCGGCGGCUACGUGUGCACCUGUUGUGUGGGCUUCACUGGACCAAACUGCCAGACCAACAUUAACGAAUGUGCCUCCAACCCCUGCCUCAACCAGGGCACCUGCAUUGACGACGUUGCAGGGUACAAGUGCAACUGCAUCCUCCCGUACACGGGAGAAAACUGUGAAAUACUGAUGGCUCCCUGCAGCUCCAAGCCCUGCAAGCAUGGGGGAGUUUGUCAGGAGUCAGAGGACUAUCUGAGCUUCUUCUGCGUCUGUCCCGAAGGAUGGCAGGGCCAAACUUGUGAGGUGGACAUCAAAGAGUGCGUAAAAAAUCCGUGUCACAAUGGAGCAACGUGUCACAACACUUUGGGCAGCUACCGCUGCGGCUGCAAGCCGGGCUUCACCGGACGCAACUGUGAAACAAACAGAGACGACUGCAAGCCCAAUCCCUGCAGCAACGGCGGCCUUUGUAAAGACGAGGCCAACAGCUUCCUGUGCACCUGCCUGCCUGGUUUUCGGGGGCCGAAAUGCGAGGAGGACAUCAACGAGUGUGAGAGCAACCCGUGUAGGAAUGGAGCCAACUGCACAGACUGUGUGAACAGCUACACCUGCACCUGCCCACCUGGUUUCAGUGGGAUCCACUGUGAAAAUAACACCCCCGACUGCACAGAGAGCUCGUGCUUUAACGGCGGCACCUGUGUGGACGGCAUCAACACCUUCACCUGUUUGUGCCCACCAGGCUUCACUGGAAGCUACUGCCAGCAUGAUAUCGACGAGUGUGACUCCAAACCCUGUCUGCAUGGAGGCACCUGUCAGGACAGCUACGGCGCCUACCAGUGCACCUGUCCCCAUGGCUACACUGGACUCACUUGUCAGAACAUCGUUCAUUGGUGCGAGACAUCGCCCUGUAAAAACGGGGGUUCUUGCUGGCAAAGUGGGACCGCCUACAGCUGUCAGUGCGGUACCGGCUGGGCGGGCGUUAACUGUGAUGUCCCGAGUGUUUCCUGUGAGGUGGCGGCUAAACAGAGAGGUGUCGACGUUUCCCAGCUGUGUCAAAACUCGGGUCAGUGUCGGGACACAGGAAACGUCCACAAGUGCGACUGUCAGGUCGGGUACACUGGGAGCUACUGUGAGGAGCAGGUAGACGAAUGCACGCCGAACCCCUGCCAGAACGGAGCCACCUGCACAGACUUCCUGGGUGGAUACACGUGCAAGUGCAUGCCAGGCUACUUGGGGACCAACUGCUCUGUGGACAUCAAUGAGUGUUUCUCCCAGCCGUGCCAGAACGGAGGCACCUGCAUUGACCUGAUCAAUACAUACAAAUGCUCCUGUCCCAGAGGAACCCAAGGUGUGCACUGCGAGAUCAACGUCGACGACUGCAACCCUCUGACGGACCCCGUCACCAAAGAGCCAAAGUGCUUUAACAAAGGAAAGUGCGUGGACAGAGUGGGAGGCUACCACUGUAUCUGCCCCGCGGGAUAUGUUGGGGAGCGCUGCGAGGGAGACGUCAAUGAAUGUCUGUCCAACCCGUGCAACCCGCGGGGCACACACAGCUGCAUCCAGCUGACUAAUGGUUAUCGCUGCGAGUGUCUGACAGGAUACACAGGCCAGCUUUGUGACACGAUCUUUGACGGCUGCAAGACGAAACCGUGCCGUAACGGAGGAACUUGUUCAGUAGCCAGUAACACACCACAUGGCUUCAUCUGCAAAUGUCCUCCUGGUUUCACCGGCUCCUCGUGUGAAUAUGACUCGAAGGCCUGUGGCAGUCUUCACUGUCGUAAUGGUGGGACUUGCAUCUCUGGUCACAACAGUCCCAAGUGUGUGUGUCUGCCAUCGUUCACCGGGCCUGAGUGCCAGUAUCCCACUCACAGCCCGUGCAACUCCAGCCCCUGCUACAACGGUGGCACGUGUGAAUACAGCAGCGAAGUGCCGUUCUACCACUGCAUCUGUCCCACCAACUUCAACGGCCUCCGCUGCCACAUCCUGGACUACAGCUUCCCGGGAGGCGUGGGCCAAACCAUCCCGCCGCCGGCAGACGUGAUGGUCGCCUGUGAAAUCCCGCAGUGCGAGGAGCAUAAACACAACAAGUACUGCGACGUGCUCUGCAACAACCACGCGUGCGGCUGGGACAACGGCGACUGCUCACUGAACUUCGAUGACCCGUGGAAGAACUGCUCCGCCUCUCUGCAGUGCUGGAGAUACUUUAACGACGAAAAGUGCGAUUCACAGUGCGACAAUGCUGGGUGUCUCUACGAUGGAUUUGACUGUCAGAACCUCGAAGGACAGUGCAAUCCACUGUACGACCAGUACUGCAAGGACCACUAUGCUGAUGGCCACUGUGACCAGGGCUGCAACAACGCAGAGUGCGAGUGGGACGGCUUGGACUGCGCCAACAUGCCUGAGAAGAUAGCAGUGGGCCAGCUGGUCCUGGUGGUCCACAUCACCCCCGAGCAUCUCCUCAACAACUCGUUUGGCUUCCUGCGCGAGCUGAGCCGCGUCCUCAGAACCAACGUGCUAUUCAGGAAGGAUGCAAAUGGGGAGCUGAUGGUUUACCCGUACUAUGGGAACGAACAGGAGCUGAAGAAGUACAAUGUGAAGCGCUCGGUGGACUCUUGGUCAGAGGUUCCUGGCAAGGCGCUGACUGUGAUGAAGAGAAGUGUGUACGAUGUGGUGGUCGGCAGCAGGAGAGCGAGGAGGGAGCUCGAUCAUUUGCAGAUCAAGGGAUCUGUUGUCUACUUAGAGAUGGACAACCGUCAGUGCUUCCAGCAGACCAGCGAGUGUUUCCAGAGUACUGAUGAUGCCGCUGCCUUCCUCGGGGCUCUGGAGUCCAGCGGCAAACUUGAUGUUCCAUUCACCAUUGAAGCUGUUUAUAGCGGCGUGGACCUCCAGUCUGCUGAUAAUGGACUCUACCCAAUCUAUUUGGUCCUGGGCGGCGUUGGGAUACUGGCCUUCCUUGGAGUGGGAAUGGUGGCUGCUCGGAAGCGGCGCCAUGAGCACGGACGCCUCUGGCUUCCCGAGGGGUUCAAGACCACAGAGACCAGCAAGAAGAAGAGAUGUGAGCCAGUCGGAGGGGAUUCAGUGGGAUUAAAGCCGCUGAAAAACACCUCGGACCUGUCACUCGUGGACCAGAACGACUGGGGAGAGGAGGAACCGUCGGACGCAAAACGUUUCAGGUGUGACGAUCCGGCUGUGUUAGACGUGGAUGACCAGACGGAUCACCGCCAGUGGACCCAGCAGCACCUGGACGCCGCUGACCUGCGCGUCCCCUCCAUCGCUCCCACUCCCCCUCAGGGCGAGAUUGAGAACGACUGCAUGGAUGUGAACGUGCGGGGACCAGACGGAUACACCCCCCUGAUGAUUGCAUCCUGCAGCGGAGGAGGUUUGGAAACGGGCAACAGUGAGGAAGAGGAGGACGCCUCUGCUAAUGUCAUCAACGACUUCAUCUACCAGGGCGCUAACCUUCACAACCAGACUGACCGUACAGGAGAGACGGCUCUGCACCUGGCCGCCCGCUACGCCCGCUCUGACGCUGCCAAACGGCUGCUGGAGGCCAGCGCCGACGCCAACAUCCAGGACAACAUGGGCAGGACGCCCCUGCACGCGGCCGUGGCGGCUGACGCCCAGGGAGUCUUCCAGAUUCUCAUACGGAACCGGGCUACGGACUUAGAUGCCCGCAUGCAUGAUGGCACUACGCCCCUGAUCUUGGCUGCCAGGCUGGCGGUGGAAGGCAUGGUGGAGGAGCUCAUCAACUGUCACGCUGACGUGAACGCCAUCGAUGAUUUCGGUAAAUCGGCUCUGCACUGGGCCGCCGCCGUCAACAACGUGGAGGCUGCCAUCGUGCUGCUUAAGAACGGCGCCAACAAGGACAUGCAGAACAAUAAGGAGGAAACGCCUCUUUUCCUGGCUGCUAGAGAAGGAAGCUACGAGACUGCUAAGGUUCUAUUGGAGCACUUUGCUAACAGAGAAAUAACCGACCACAUGGACCGGCUGCCCAGAGACAUCGCACAGGAGAGAAUGCACCAUGACAUAGUGCGGCUGAUGGAUGAGUACAACCUGGUACGGAGCCCCCCCAUGCACGGAGGCUCUCUGGGCACCACCUUAUCGCCUCCUCUUUGCUCGCCCAGUGGCUUCCUUGGCAGCAUGAAGCAGCCUCAGCCUCAAAAUCAAGGCCAGGGCAAAAAGACACGCAAACCCAGCGCCAAGGGUAUUGGCUGCAAGGAUGGCAAAGACAUGAAGGUGAAGAAGAAGAAUUCCCAAGAUGGGAAGUCUGGGACCCUCUUGGAUAGCUCGGCUGUUCUGUCACCAGUGGACUCUUUAGAGUCUCCGCAUGGCUACGUUUCUGAUGUGGCUUCUCCGCCUAUGAUGACCUCGCCUUUCCAGCAGUCUCCAUCUGUGUCCCUCAGCCAUCUGCAGGCCAUGUCCGACCCUCACCUGGGCGUGAACCACAUGGUGCUGCCUAACAAGCAGGAGCUGGCGCGAAUGCAGUUCGACCCGCUGCCUCCUCGUCUCACCCACCUACCCGUGUCUGGCUCUGGCGGUCAGGCAGCCAUGAAUGGCCAAUGUGAUUGGCUGUCCAGGAUGCACGGCAGCUUGAGUCAGCCAGGCCAGUUCAACCCGAUGCGAGGAGCUCCUGGAGGUCAGGGAGGGUUGCACCAAAGUGGCCAACAUGGGAUGAUCACGACCUCGCUGCACAAUGGCCACCCAAAUUCCAGCCUGUCCCAGAUGAUGACCUACCAGGGGAUGCAGAACCCCCGACUGGGUCCUCAGGCCCACCUGAUGCAGCAGCAGGCUCAGCAAAUGCAGCAGAUGCAGAACCUCCAGCAGCUUCAACAGCAGAGCAUCCAGCUGCAGCAUCAAAGCUCCAACGCAACCAGCAGCCAAAACUUCAUCAGCGGGGAGCUCAGUUCUCCAGAACUCCAGCAGGGCACAGGCCCCACCAACAUGCCAAUCCAUACCAUCCUUCCGCAGGAGACCCAGAUCAUUCCCUCCUCCAUCAACCAGUCGAUGCCCAGCACCCAGUUUCUCACCCCGCCCUCCCAGCACAGCUAUUCAGCCCCAAUGGACAACACCCCAAACCACCAGGUCCAGGUUCCUGACCACCCCUUCCUGACCCCGUCCCCCGGCUCCCCUGACCAGUGGUCCAGUUCGUCUCCUCACUCCAACAUGUCUGACUGGUCAGAGGGCAUCUCCAGUCCCCCGACCAGCAUGCAGUCUCAGAUUGGACACAUAUCAGAACAGUUCAAAUAGAAGGUUCAACCCAGAGGAGUUGCUGUAAAUAUUUAAAUAUGUCUCCUUUUUUUUAUGAAAACGCGAUUCUGUGAAGAACGUUCAAAUAAAAUCAGAUUAAACAGGAAUUUACUAGCUUUUCUACAACAGCAGCCUGUCUUUUUAUUUAUUACAGUCGUAUUUAUGUAGCUUGAGUGACGUGUCCCUGGUUGUAGGUCCGUUUAGGAGAGAUUGCUCCGUGGGGGGGGGGGGGGGGGGGACUGUUCUCCUCCUUUUCUGCAGUGAAGUCCCAAACACACUGGCUAUUUAUUUUCCUAAGGACUUUAAGUCUUUUCCUGUUCUGCCAGUGCCUAUCUAUAAUCUUGUUCAUGGUGAGAAUUGUGAUUAAAAAGGCACAUUUGAGGUUUCAGUGUUACGCUGUGAAUGUUAAAGGAACACGAGUAAAAAUGGUUUCUUUUUUCUUUAUUUUUGGUGAUUCUGAGGAACCGUUUCCACACUCGCGCAAACCUGCAGCAACGAGCUGCCCUUUUGGGAUUGCGUUAAAUGUGCAGAGCUGUGAUUGGUUGGUGAUGUAUUGGAUAUGACAGCCAUGUUGGGGAGGUCGCGUUAGUCCUGUGGUGUUGGAGACCUGGCCCGUUGGCCACAGUGUUUAUUUGUUGUCCCGAGGGAACAGGAAACCUUAUUUUCUAUCUUCCUCCAACGAGUUCGAGCCUAUGGCUGUGUCCCUCCUACUGUAAAUGUGCUUUGCAUUUCCCUCGUAAGCGAGAUUUUGUUUAAGAAAUCUUAUGUCUUCAGCAUGCAUUAAAUAGCUCUUGCACCAGUCACAUGCCUCUAACAGGCGAAUCGGAACAGAUCCUAUAUUUUGUAAUUUUUCAAGCCCCUCGGCACAAAUACAUUUCAACUGUAUACAAAUAGAUUCGUUAUAUUGUUUGGUAAAAUUUUGGGAUAUAAAAAAAGAAAAAUGCAUAAAUAAUGAGGUUUUAUAAAUUCAUAUUUAUUUGCUGUUCUGUAACAGAAGAAACCGUUUUCGUGUGUUAACUAAUUUCUACGUUCUCACUUGUGUCCACGUCAGUAUCUUGUGAGAUGCACUUGCUUUGAUUUUUGAAAUGUUCUUGGGAAAAAGUGUUAGGUUCUAGUGAUUUUUUUUACAGUAUGUUUGCUUUCUCUGUAAAAUUAUAAUUUGCAAUAAAUAUAUUUUCUUUCUGUAUACCGAAA